AUGGACCCCAACACAGAAAAAGACCACACGUUGGAAGGGGAGCCCGUCAGCAUUCUUGGCCUCAUCCUUGGCGUCAGCCUCUCCCUCUUGAUCCUUGGCGUCCUUAGCUAUGUCAUUGCCAAGUGGUACCAGGAAGGACACUGCUGGAACAGGCCUAAUUUUGUCUUCAACCUUUACCAUAUCCGCAAUCUGAAAUCAGUGGAGGUGGAACUGGCCCCUCCCUUCACCAUCAGUGGCUCCAUGCGCGAAGCUGGAAGUGGCUAUGUGUGGUUCCACGACAGAGGCACGUAA